AUGGCAGCUAAAAUGGAGAUAACUUUGAGGACCUACCCCGAGGAUUCUGACAAGAGAGAGAGACACAUAAUAAUGAAGCUGGAAGAAAAACGUGGCCUCCUUCAGCAAAAAGCCUACUUGGAUCCAGAACUUUCCCGCCAGAGCUUCAGACACUUCUGUUACCAAGAAGUUUCUGGACCUCAGGAAGCGCUCUCUCGCCUUCGACAGCUCUGCAGACAGUGGCUGCAACCCGAACUACACACGAAGGAGCAGAUUUUGGAGCUCCUAGUGAUGGAGCAGUUUCUGCUCAUCCUACCUCCAGAGAUCCAGGCGCAGGUCAGACAUCGAUAUCCAAGGAGCAGCAAGGAGAUUCUGACUCUGGUGGAAGAUUUGCACAGAGCAUCCAAAAAACCAAAGCAGUGGGUGGCCGUUUGUAUGCAAGGGCAAAAGGUGCUCCUGGAGAAAACAGGGCCUCAGCUUGUAGAACAAGAACUGCCGGACUUUCAACCCCAAACUCCUAGCAGAGAUACUCAAGAGAACUCACUGGAAGAGCCUUCCUGGGAAGGAUCUCAUGACCAACUGAGUCCCCAUCAUUGGGAGAAAUAUCCCCUCUACCAGGAAGCAGUCCCCAAAUUGACUGAGACAGAGGCCUGCAGGAUGAGAAGUGACAAUAAGGAAAACCCACAACAGGAGGGGUCCAAAGGAGCAGAGACACACGCAGUGCCAUCCAGGAGAUCUAAAGGGAGUAGUCUGCACAGCUCUGAGCCAGGAGGGGUGAACAUGAAUGAGCCCCAAUUGUCACAGAGGCAGGCUAGUACCCCAGAUGCUCAGAAGGCAUUUGCUUACUACCAGAGACAUUUCAGAGAACUGGAAUAUAUCAGCAACCCCCUCAGAGGCCACCCGCUGAGAGAGUUAAAGAAAAGCCAAGAAGGCAGAAGAAGCCUGAGCAGCCUCCAGCAAUGUCUCAGUCACCAGGCAGCCCACUCAGCAAAGAAACCUUAUAAAUGUGAUGACUGUGGGAAAAGCUUCACAUGGAAUUCAGAGCUGAAACGACAUAAGAGAGUACACACAGGAGAGAGACCCUACAUCUGUGGGGAGUGUGGAAACUGCUUUGGAAGGCAGUCAACUCUGAAACUGCACCAGAGAAUCCACACCGGGGAGAAACCAUACCAGUGCAGCCAGUGUGGGAAAAGCUUUCGCCAAAGCUCAAAUCUCCACCAGCACCACAGGCUCCACCAUGGGAACUAA